AUGGCCACUCGCAGCGCCGCUCUCAAGAUCGACUGGGUCAAGGUCAGCACCUCGCUGGGCCUCCGCGGCCAGACCGCGACCUCCCUGCAGAACUUCAAGAAGCGUAACGAUGAUGUCCGCCGCAAGAUCCAGGUCCUGUCCGAGCAGCCCCAGACCGUCGACUUCUCGCACUACCGCAAGGUCCUGAAGAACCAGGCCAUCGUCGACGAGAUCGAGAACCACUUCAAGACCUUCAAGCCCGCCACCUACGAUGUCAGCCGCCAGCUGAAGGCCAUCGAGGCCUUUGAGGCCCAGGCCGUCGAGAACGCCGAGGCCACCAAGGGCAAGGUUGAGGCCGAGCUCCGCAACCUGGAGAAGACCCUCGAGAACAUCGAGAGUGCCCGUCCGUUUGACGAGCUCACUGUGGACGAUGUUGCCGCUGCUCAGCCCGAAAUCGACGAGAAGACCUCCGCCAUGGUCUCCAAGGGCAAAUGGAUGCCGCCCGGCUACAAGGUUCGUAUUCCCGAUUGA